CGUGGCGGGAGCAGUGUUCUUCCUGGCCCGCGCGGAGCGGGGCAGCGAGGAGCAGAGCAGCGCGCAGCCCACCUGGGGACCAUGGGCUCCAUGUUUCGUAGCGAGGAGGUGGUGCUGGUCCAGCUCUUUCUGCCCACAGCGGCUGCCUACACCUGCGUGAGCCAGCUUGGUGAGCUGGGCCUCGCGGAGUUCAGAGAUCUCAAUGCCUCAGUGAGCGCCUUCCAGAGACGCUUUGUAGUGGAUGUCCGUCGCUGCGAGGAGCUGGAGAAGACCUUCACUUUCCUGCAGGAGGAGGUGCGGCGGGCUGGGUUGGUGCUGCCUGCUCCUGAGGGGAGGCUGCUGGCACCCCCACCCCGAGACCUGCUGCGCAUCCAGGAGGAGACCGACCGCCUGGCACAGGAGCUGAGGGAUGUGCGGGGCAACCAGCAGGCCUUGCGCACCCAGCUACACCAGCUGCAGCUACACUCAGCCGUCCUGGGCCAAGGCCACGGGCCUCCGCUGGCAGUCACCCACACGGAUGGGCCUUUGGAAAGAACACCUCUGCUCCAGUCCCCUGGGGGACCCCAUGAGGACCUGAGGGUCAACUUUGUGGCAGGUGCUGUGGAGCCCCACAAGGCUGCAGCCCUGGAGCGCCUGCUCUGGAGGGCCUGCCGUGGCUUCCUCAUCUCCAGCUUCAGGGAGACGGAGCAGCAGCUGGAGGACCCUGUGACGGGUGAGCCUGUGACGUGGAUGACCUUCCUGAUCUCCUACUGGGGUGAGCAGAUUGGACAGAAGAUCCGCAAGAUUACUGACUGCUUCCACUGCCAUGUCUUCCCAUUCCUGGAGCAGGAAGAGGCCCGGCUCAGGGCCCUACAGCAGCUGCAACAGGAGAGCCAGGAGCUGCAGGAGGUCCUAGGGGAGACUGAGCGCUUCCUGAGCCAGGUGCUGGGCCGAGUGCAGCAGCUGCUGCCGCCCAGGCAGGUGCAGGUCCGCAAGAUGAAGGCCGUGUACCUGGUCCUCAACCAGUGCAGUGUGAGCACCACACACAAGUGCCUUAUUGCCGAGGCCUGGUGUGCCACUCGAGACCUGCCCACACUGCAGGAGGCGCUACUGGACAGCUCGAGUGAGGCUGGAGUGAGUGCUGUGGCUCACCGCAUCCCCUGCCGGGACAUGCCCCCGACACUCAUCCGCACCAACCGCUUCACGGCCAGUUUUCAGGGCAUCGUGGACGCCUAUGGCGUGGGCCGCUACCAGGAGGUCAACCCUGCACCUUACACCAUCAUCACCUUCCCCUUCCUCUUUGCGGUGAUGUUUGGCGACGUGGGCCAUGGGCUGCUUAUGUUCCUCUUCGCCUUGGCCAUGGUGCUCUCUGAGAAUCAGCCAGCUGUGAAGGCCGCGCAGAAUGAGAUCUGGCAGACCUUCUUUGGGGGCCGCUAUCUGCUUCUGCUGAUGGGCCUGUUCUCCAUCUACACCGGCUUUAUCUACAACGAGUGCUUUAGCCGUGCAACCGCCAUCUUCCCCUCGGGCUGGAGCGUAGCCACCAUGGCCAACCAGUCUGGCUGGAGUGACUCGUUCCUGGCCCAGCACGAGGUGCUCACCCUGGACCCCAACAUCACUGGUGUCUUCCUGGGACCCUAUCCCUUUGGCAUUGACCCUGUCUGGAGCUUAGCUUCCAACCACUUGAGCUUCCUCAACUCCUUCAAGAUGAAGAUGUCUGUCAUCCUGGGGGUCACGCAUAUGGCCUUUGGGGUUGUUCUUGGAGUCUUCAAUCACAUGCACUUUGGCCAGAGGCACCGGCUGCUGCUGGAGACCCUGCCAGAGCUCAUUUUUCUCCUGGGGCUCUUUGGCUACCUCGUCUUCCUGGUAGUCUACAAGUGGCUGAAAGUGUCAGCUGCCAGCGCUGCCUCGGCCCCCAGCAUCCUCAUCCACUUCAUCAACAUGUUCCUCUUCUCCGGCAGCCCCACGAACCAGCCGCUCUUCCCGGGCCAGGAAGUAGUACAGUCCACGCUGGUGGUCCUGGCCUUGGCCACGGUGCCCGUGCUGCUGCUUGGCACGCCCUUGCACCUGCUGCGCAGGCAGCGACACCACCGCUCACGGAGGAGCCCCCAUGGCAGGCAGGAGGAAGACAAGGCUGGGCUGCUGGACUCCCCUGACAUGUCUGUGAAUGGCUGGGGCUCUGAUGAGGAAAAGGCGGGGUACCUGGAGGACGAAGAGGAGGCUGAGCUGGUCCCCUCCGAGGUGUUCAUGCACCAGGCCAUCCACACCAUUGAGUUCUGCCUAGGCUGCAUCUCCAACACGGCCUCCUACCUGCGCCUCUGGGCCCUGAGCCUGGCCCAUGCCCAGCUCUCAGAGGUUCUGUGGUCCAUGGUGAUGCACGUGGCCCUGGUCAUGAGCAGGGAUGUGGGCGUGGCAGCUGUGGUGCUGGUCCCCAUCUUUGCUGCCUUCGCUGUGAUGACUGUGGCCAUUCUGCUGGUGAUGGAGGGGCUCUCAGCUUUCCUGCAUGCCCUAAGGCUGCACUGGGUGGAGUUCCAGAACAAGUUCUACUUGGGCACUGGCUACAAGCUGAGCCCCUUCACUUUCGAGGUGGAGGAUGAAUAGUACCCAGACCCAUCCUGACCACUCUGGGCCUCGCAAGGAAUAAAGAGGAAGGAGACCUGAAA